AUGGACCUCCACCGAGCAGCGUUCAAAAUGGAGAGCUCCUCCUACCUGCCCAAUCCCCUGGCCUCUCCAGCUCUCAUGGUCCUGGCCUCCACAGCUGAAGCGUCCAGAGAUGCCUCAAUCCCCUGCCAACAGCCACGGCCCUUUGGAGUCCCAGUCUCAGUUGAGAAAGAUGUCCAUUUGCCUUUCAACAAUGGCUCUUACACCUUUGCUUCAAUGUACCAUCGCCAAGGUGCGGUCCCCCCUGGAUUCCCCAACAGGGACUUUCCCCCUUCUCUGCUCCAUCUGCACCAUCAAUUUGCUCCACCAAACCUGGACUGCUCUCCCAUCAGCAUGCUCAACCACAGUGGGGUCGGUGCCUUUAGGCCCUUUGCAUCUCCAGAGGACCGUGAUGGAGCUCCAGGGGGCUAUCAGUCUGCAUUCACUCCUGCCAAGAGACUCAAAGGCUGCUUAGACCCAGAUGCCUCACCCCACCUGCGAUACUCUGAUGCUGAGGGCAAAGAGUACGACUUUGGAGGUUCCCAGAUCCCCACCGGAGGCUCUCCCAGCAGCGCUCUGAAGGCCGUGGAGGAGAGCGGGAAAAAGAUCUUCGCCGUGUCGGGCCUUUUGUCAGACCGAGAGACAUCGUCCAGCCCAGAAGACCGCAUCGAACGCUGCACUCAGAGCACCCGUGGGCGACUCUUCAAUAAGCCCUCUCAAAUCCCCCCUCUGCACCUGAAGGCACGUUAG